AUGCUCGACUCCCCGCUAGCGUCACCAAGAUUGGCGGCUUCAAAGGCCGCCUUCAGAAACAGGGUGCCCACGCGGGUCAAGAGGUGCUUGCCUCUAUACCUGGGCUGCGUCCUCUUCCUGGCGCUCAUGCUCAACCUUGACGUCCUCUACUCCCUACCAAGCUCCUCGAAUCUGCACCGUCGCGAGAAGCCUGUGUCCCACUCUCUUCAGCGCGGACACACCUUUCCCAGAAAGAUCUGGCAGACGUGGAAGACGGAGCCCCUCAUGUUUGGCGUGCGCGACACGGUCCGGGCCAUGUCGUGGUUCAGGCUCAACCCGCAGAUGCGCUACGAGGUCAUCACCGACAGCAACGAGAUGUCCUUCGUUGAGCAGCACUUCGGGCCUCAAGGCCUAGACCGCCAAGACAUCGUCGAUUUCUACCGGAGCCUCAAGCUGCAGAUUGUCAAGGCCGACCUGCUGCGCUACAUGGUCAUGUACGCCGAGGGCGGCAUCUACGCCGACAUUGACGUCCAGGCCCUGAGGCCAUUUGAACGCUUCCUACCGAACGCGCACGACGAGAAUGAUUUUGACCUCAUCAUCGGCAUCGAGGUCGACGAGCCGGGGUUCCGCGACCACCCCAUCCUCGGGCAGAAGUCGCAGUCCUUUUGCCAGUGGACCAUCAUCUCGCGACCCCGCCAUCCCGUCAUGAUGCGUCUGAUAGAGGACAUCAUGGCCUGGAUGGAGGGGAUGGCUCAGAAGCAGGGAAAGCCCAUCAGCGAGGUUGAGCUCACCUUUGACGAGGUCAUUACAGGCACCGGUCCCUCAGCCUUUACCCGGGCCGUCAUGGCCGAGAUGAACAGGAAGUCCCCGCGUGGCAAGAAGGUCACAUGGGACGACUUCCACGGCAUGACAGAAUCAAAGGUGGUCGGGCGAGUCCUCGUCCUCACCGUCGAGGCAUUCUGCGCAGGCCAAGGCCACUCGGACUCGGGAAAUCACCAGUCGCGCAACGCCCUCGUCCAGCACCACUACCACGCAUCCGACUGGCCCAGCAAGCACCCGCGCUACUACCACCCGGCCUACGGACAGGUUGAAGAGUGCAACUGGAAUGCUGAGUGCGUGCGUCAGUGGGAUGAGAAUGUCGCCGCGUACGAGCACCUCUCGGAAGAGGAGAAGCUUGCCAAAAAUGAAGAGAGGAGACGUGCCCUCGAGGCAUUGUUUGCUAGCCAAUGA